CUGGAACGGUUGUGAUACGGCAAUAAUCGCACUAUAAACGCUCCGAGCAUUUGCGGGGAGGGGUUUCCAGAUAUCCAAACCAGCAGAACGCCUCCAGAGUCCCUUUUCCCUCUUCAACACCAACGCCACCGGCAAGCAUCACGAACUAACGCUCCACCAUGGCCACCUCCUUCAUUCCAAGGACCACCCUCAAAGUGGGACCCCGCGCCAUGCUCGCACGCCAGUCCCUAUGUUCCCCGUCCAUCAUUCUCGCCCGAGCCUUUCACCAGACCCAGAACCGGCGCAGCCAGAACCGCAGCGCCCUCCUGCCCGAAUUCAGCCUCAAGGACCGCGUCGUCAUAGUCUCGGGCGGCGCGCGCGGCCUGGGCCUGACGCAGGCUGAAGCUGUGCUCGAAGCAGGCGCCGUAGUGCACGCGCUCGACCGGCUGCCCCAGCCGGCGGAGGGCAGCGACUUCUCGCGCGUGGCAGAGCGCGCGGCGUCGGAGCUGGGCUCGCGUAUGAGCUACCACCGCGUCGAUGUGCGCGACCAGAAGGCGCUGAGCGAAAUCAUCGGCGGCAUCGCGAACAAGGAAGGCCGAAUCGACGGGCUGAUUGCAGCCGCGGGGAUCCAGCAGGAGACGCCCGCGCUGGAGUACACGGCAGAAGACGCCGAUAGGAUGCUCGGGGUGAACGUCACGGGCGUGUUUAUGACCGCGCAGGCCGUCGCGAGAGAGAUGAUCAAGCGCAAGCAGAAGGGGAGUUUGGUACUGAUCGCAAGCAUGAGCGGGACGGUGGCGAACAGGGGGCUGAUUUGCCCGGCGUACAACGCAUCCAAGGCCGCGGUCCUGCAACUUGCGCGCAAUCUCGCCGCUGAAUGGGGCGAGCACGGCAUCCGUGUCAACACCCUUUCCCCUGGAUAUAUCGUCACGGCCAUGACUGACGGCCUAUUCGAGGCGGUCCCGGAGCGACGGACGGCGUGGCCAGAUGCCAACAUGCUCAAGCGCCUCAGCUACCCCCGGGAAUACCGAGGUGCGGCCGUGUUCCUUCUGAGCGACGCCAGCAGCUUCAUGACGGGAGCGGACUUGAGAAUUGAUGGCGGCCACUGCGCUUGGUAGCGAGCAAAGACAUUCCCAGAAGGCUAUCAAGAGACUUCAGGCAAUUAUCCGUUGCGCCGCGGUGUCCAAAUGGUAUAUGUACUUAAAGCUGGGUU